AAUUUUUUUUCUUUUCUUUUUCCUUUCAUCUUUCUGAACGUCGAAUCGCCAUAUACUUUCAUGACUCUACGUGUUAGGUCACCCGCUGAACCCCUUGUCGCCUUGAGAACCGCCCACUAUAUAAUCCCCACUCGUAUCGAGUCAUUUCUUCAUCACACCCACAACACAGUUCGUUAUUAGCGUGCUGAAAAUGGCCUGGUCCUCUUCAUUUUCGAAGGCCAUCUUGACUUUGGCAUGCGUUGUGCUCCUCAUUGGGGGCACGAGUGCCCAACUUUCGAUCUUCUACUACGCCAAAACUUGCCCCCAACUCUUCCCGACGGUGAAGUCAAUCGUGCAUGAAGCGAUUGCCAAAGAGGCCCGCAUGGGUGCCUCGCUCACACGCUUGUUCUUCCACGAUUGCUUCGUCAAUGGUUGCGACGGAUCGAACCUCUUGGACGACACGCCCACUUUCACCGGAGAGAAGAACGCUGCCCCGAACAAAAAUUCCUUGCGAGGGUUCGAUGUGGUGGACAAGAUUAAGUCCGCGGUAGAGAAAGUGUGCCCCGGCGUUGUCUCGUGUGCUGAUUUGUUGGCGAUUAUCUCCCGAGACUCCGUUGAGAUACUGGGAGGGCCAGGGUGGGAUGUGAAGCUGGGCAGGAGAGAUGCGAGAACUGCGAGCCAGGCAGCAGCUAACAACAGCAUCCCUCCUCCAACUAAUAACCUCAACGCUCUCAUUUCCAGCUUCCAAAAUCAUGGCCUUUCUCAAAAGGACCUCGUCGCACUAUACGGAGCACACACAAUUGGGCAAGCGAGAUGCACAAACUUCCGGGCCAGGAUCUACAACGAGAGCAACAUCGACAGCUCAUUUGCCCGAACGAUGAAGAGCAACUGCCCAAGCACCACCGGUGUCGGCGAUAACAACCUGGACGGGCUCGACUUCCAGAGCGCAACAUCAUUCGACAACACCUACUACGUCAACCUUAUCAAGAAACGAGGCCUCCUCCACUCCGACCAACAGCUCUUCAACGGUGGGUCCACCGACUCGCUCAUCAGGACUUACGCCAAAAGCCAAGACACCUUCUUCAAGGACUUUGUGGCCUCCAUGAUCAAUAUGGGCGACAUCAAGCCCCUCACCGGAUCCAACGGCGAGAUCAGGAAGAACUGUAGGAGGAUUAAUUAAUUUGAUGAAUUUUGGGUCUAUAUAUACUCCUUAAUUUGGAGUUUCAGCAAUAAAUUUCUCUUUGAUCGAGUUCUAUUUUCCUGGUGUUUGUUCUGUCGUUUGCAUUUGAAGUUUUCGCUGUGGUGUGACCGUCGAGAUGGAAUUGUAAGAGUCGAAUAUUGUAAUAAAAGUCCUGUCGAGAUUUCGUCAA